GGGGCCGCGGCAGAGGCUGGAGCGCGGUCGGGAUGCAGCGCCCCGGGCCCUUCAGCACCCUCUACGGGCGGGUCCUGGCCCCGCUGCCCGGGCGGGCCGGGGGCGCGGCCUCCGGCGGGGGCGGGAGCAGCUGGGCCCUCCCGGGCUCCCACGUGCGGCCGCCGGGGCGCGCACUGCCCGGGGCCCGCGGCGCCAACGGCCGGGACUCCGACGGCGUCUGCCUCGCCGCCUCCACCAUGUCCAAGGCCGAGGAGGCCAAGAGGCUGGCGGGCCGAGCGGCGGUGGAGAACCACGUGAGGAAUAACCAAGUGCUGGGAAUUGGAAGUGGCUCUACAAUUGUCCAUGCUGUGCAGCGAAUAGCUGAAAGAGUGAAACAGGAGAAUUUGAGCCUCGUCUGUAUUCCUACUUCAUUCCAGGCCCGGCAGCUCAUCCUGCAGUAUGGCCUAACCCUCAGUGACCUGGACCGACACCCAGAGAUCGACCUCGCCAUCGAUGGAGCUGAUGAAGUAGAUGCCGAUCUCAACCUCAUCAAGGGCGGUGGGGGCUGCCUGACACAGGAGAAGAUCGUGGCCGGCUAUGCCAGUCGUUUCAUCGUGGUCGCCGACUUCAGGAAAGAUUCAAAGACCCUUGGGGAACAGUGGCACAAGGGAAUUCCUAUCGAGGUCAUCCCAAUGGCCUACGUCCCAGUGAGCCGGGCUGUGACCCGGAAGUUUGGUGGGGAGGUUGAACUUCGGAUGGCUGUCAACAAGGCGGGUCCUGUGGUGACGGAUAACGGCAAUUUUAUCCUGGACUGGAAGUUUGACCAGGUGCACAAAUGGAGUGAAGUGAACACAGCUAUCAAAAUGACCCCAGGCGUGGUGGACACGGGCCUCUUCAUCAACAUGGCCGAGAGGGUCUACUUUGGGAUGCAGGACGGCUCGGUGAGCAUGAGGGAGAAGCCUUUCUGCUGACGCUGCAGGAAGUGUGCUCACCCGUCUCCAGCCCGCGCAGGGGACCGCCUCUCCUGGAGCCUUUGCCUUAACGUAUCCGUGCCAGGGUGGUCAGCUGGCCACGUGGAGGUGGGGGCAGUUAAAUCCAGUCUUCUUAAGUGUCGUCAUUAUAUGUCUUUUUAAAAAGAGAAAUUUAAACAUAUAUAUUUUUACUAUUAAAAAUUCAUUUUUUAAAAUAAAGUUGAAUUUGAUUUCAUGUUUUAUAUGAAACAUUUACCAAAAAAAAAAAAGAGAGAGAGAGAGAGAGAUGGGCGGGGCUACCUGUGAAGCCUUUGACUUGAGCCUGCUGGUUCAGCUUCUGAGUAUUGGGUUUGCUGAGAAGUGAAAUCCGAACUUUCCUUUCUGCUGGUGAGAUGAAGGGCCAGCCAGCAGCGACCUGAUGCCUUACGGGAAACUGUUUACUCUCUGCUGCUGUUUCGUUUGUAGGUGGUUUUCAUGGUGAUCACGCACAGUACUUAGCGACAUUUUAAUCAGGGCUACAGCAGUCUGUCGGUGGAGCAGUGUGACGUGUGUCCACCAGGAGGGAGGGCACUUGCCUGGGCCGGGGUAGCCUGAGACCCUGGUGUUGGAGCCUGGGCCAGAGUCGCUUGCCAGUCACUCCCCACACACUGCUGUGAAACGUGAAGCUCUUGUUUUUCGUGACUCUCUUUUUGUUGAUAUUUUAAUGUUUCUUGUUACUUGCAUGGUUUGGUGUCAGAGGUCGUCGCCUCUUCUGUUGUUUGAAGAUUGAAAUAAAACAUUAUG